AUGGCGUGGUCGCCGCUGCUCGGCGGGCCGCGGGCCGGGGGCGUCGGCCUUCUGGUGCUGCUGCUGUUCGGCUUACUUCGGCCGCCCCCCGCGUUCUGCGCACGGCCGGUAAAGUCCGCGCGCCCAGGCAGUGCGGGACUCGGUGUCCGGGUGUGCGGGGCUCGGCUGGCCGCCACGCCCUGCCCACCCUUGGCACCUGGCGCGGGCCCGGCCUCGCCCCGCCGGUCGCCUGUGGCGCUGUCCACGGGACUAGCGCGCAUGAAGGAAGGGGGUGCGCGCACCGGUCUCUGCCCGAGAGGCGAUGACUGGGGCGCGCCAGUUCGCCCGCAGCUGCUGCGAGCCUGGAGCACCCCCCGCACCAACGACCCCGCGCUGGGCCUGGAGGACGACCCCGACGCGCCCGCCGCGCAGCUGGCCCGCGCCCUGCUCCGCGCCCGCCUGGACCCCGCCGCCCUCGCGGCCCAGCUCGUCCCCGGCCCUGCCCCCGCCGCUGCGCUCAGACCCCGGCCCCCGGUCUACGAUGACGGCCCCACCGGCCCAGAGGCUGAGGACGCCGGCGACGAGACGCCCGAUGUGGACCCGGAGCUGCUGAGGUACUUGUUGGGGCGAAUCCUCGCGGGGAGCGCCGACCCCGAGGCUGUGGCUGUCCCGCGCCGCCUCCGCCGUGCCGCCGACCAGGAUCUGGGCCCCGAGGUGCCCCCUGAGGGGGUGCUGGGGGCCCUGCUGCGGGUGAAGCGCCUGGAGACCCCCUCGCCCCAGGCGCCAGUUCGCCGCCUCCUGCCCCCCUGAGCACCGCCCGGGUCCUGCGUACCCUCGGGCCCAGGACCACCCCACCCCAACACCCCGACUGCUCCCCGUCGGCACAUCGAGAGCGGCUUACCCCGUCAGCCUAAGACGCAGCUGCAGCCCUAGAACCCCAAGAUCCCCGCCUUUGGCCCCACAAUAAAUGCGAUCUGAAGCAGC